GUUGUCAGAAACCCAAUUCACACACAGUAGCAGCGGCGCGAGCUGUUCUUGCGUUUUCAGACCGAGAGAGAGAGAGAGAGACGCUGUCGAUUCUAUCAAAUCUUUACAGCAUCGGACAAGUUCUCUCGGAGGCUGUUCGUAUGAACAUUUCUCAUUCUCUAUCCUCUGCAUCAAUUGUGUAUAUGUAUGCAUAUAUAGCUCUGAUUCACUUCAUAUGUAGUUCGUAGAAUUGCUCUGGUUUGCCUCAUCAAAUUAUGGGUUUUGAUUGUGGAACCCGUUUUGUUAUCGUUUUAGCCAAUUGGAAUGUGGUUUUAUAUUGUCGUGGAGUUUAAAUUAGGGGAUCACUUGCAAGAUUUUGAUUAAAGCCUCAUGAUUUUUUAGGAUUUAUUUGUCAAAUUAGUCAUUUAAAUCAUGAUUUCGAAGUGUUGUUAGGGUUUCGUUUGGUCUCUACAAUCAUCACUCGUCAGUGUGGAUUCUCAUGAUUACCCGCCAACUGACUUUCAAAAACCUCCACAGAAUACUCACACAACGGUCAAACCCAUUCAAAAACUUUCACUCAUAUCAACAUGAACACCAACCGUUCGAUAAAAUUACUCACCAAAAGUUCGUCUCCUUCCACCACUCCAUGCUCACCUGUUUGCACAAAAAAUGUCAUUUCAAAGCCCUCGCCAUCUUCAAGAAAAAGCUCGAGGAAGGUUUCGAUAGCAACAUUGAUGAAGCUGCUGUUGCCAUCGCUCUCAAGUCUUGCCGAGGAGACCCAAAACUCGGGUGCCAAAUCCACAGCUUUGCCACGAUUUCUGGGUUGGUUUCGCAUCUUAGUGUCUCGAAUUCUUUGAUGAGCAUGUAUUGUAAGGCUGGUCUAUUUGAUCAGGCUUUGUGUGUUUUUGAGAAAUUGACGAACCCCGACGUUGUUUCUUGGAACACAGUGCUUUCUGGUUUUGAAAAUGUUAAAGAUGCGUUGAGUUUUGCUUGUCGGAUGAAAUGUGUUGGAAUUGUUUUUGAUGCUGUGACUUAUACUACUGUUCUUGCCCAUUGUGCUGAUCAUGAAGAGUUUCUUUUUGGAAUUCAAUUGCACUCUCUUAUACUGAAGUGCGGAUUAGGUUGUGAAGUUUACAUUGGGAAUGCCCUUAUAACAAUGUAUUCUAAAUGGGGCCUUAUAGUGGAAGCUGAAAGAGGGUUUGAUAAUGAAAUGGUCCAAAAAGAUUUGGUUUCAUGGAAUGCGAUGCUCUCUGGGUACACUCAGGAGGGAAAUUAUGGACUAGAAGCUAUUUGGGCAUUUAUGGAAAUGGUGAGAAAAGGGAUGAAACUUGAUCAUGUCUCUUUUACUAGUGUAGUUUCAGCUUGUGGACAAGAAAGAAAGCUGGAGCUCGGGAGACAGAUACAUACUUUGACCGUUAAAAAGGGAUAUGUGAUGAAUGUUUCGGUUUGUAAUGUUUUGAUCUCAAUGUAUUCCAAGUGUGAGCUUGUCAAAGAUGCAACAUUGGUUUUUGAGAGCAUGAUUGAUCGCAAUGUGAUCUCUUGGACUACUAUGCUCUCUAUAAAUGGAGAAAAUGCUAUGUCUCUAUUUAAUGAGAUGAGGUUGGAUGGAGUUUACCCAAACCAUGUUACAUUUGUUGGAUUAAUUCAUGCCAUAACAACCAAGAAUUUGGUGGAAGAAGGUCGAAUGGUUCAUGGGUUUUGUUUAAAAUCUAGCUUUUUGUCAGAAUUGAAUGUUGCUAAUAGCUUUAUUACCAUGUAUGCUAAAUUUCAGUCCAUGAAUGACUCGAAAAAUAUUUUUGAGGAGCUUAAGUACAGAGUGAUUGUAUCAUGGAAUGCUUUAAUUUCAGGGUAUGCCCAAAAUGGCUUGGGCCAAGAAGCUCUACAGAGAUUCUUGUCAGCAAUAAUGGAGUCGGUUCCUAAUCAAUUCACAUUUGGCAGUCUCUUAAGUGCAAUUGGAGCAGCCGAGGACAUAUCUUUAAAACAUGGCCAACGAUGCCACUCGUAUUUAACAAAGCUCGGAUUAAACACUGACCCAAUUGUUUCAGGCGCCCUCCUCGACAUGUAUGCAAAGCGUGGGAGCAUUUCUGAAUCUCUUAGUGUUUUUGGUGAGAUAUCUGAAAGAAGCCAAGUUGCUUGGACAGCAAUAAUCUCUGCUCAUGCAAGGCAUGGAGACUAUGAAUCAGUGAUGAGUUUGUUCGAGGAGAUGGCAAGGAGAGGUGUCAGGCCUGACACGAUCACCUUCCUAUCUGUACUAACUGCAUGUGGUCGAAAGGGGAUGGUUGAUAUGGGCCGCCAAGUUUUUGACUCAAUGGUGAAGGAACAUUUGAUUGAACCAUCUGCAGAGCAUUAUUCUUGCAUGGUAGACUUGUUGGGCCGUGCAGGGAGGCUGAAUGAGGCAGAAGAGUUUGUUGGUCACAUUCCAGGAGGGCCGGGAUUGUCUGUGCUGCAGAGCUUACUUGGUUCUUGUAGGAUACAUGGGAAUGUGGAAAUGGGUAAGAGGGUAGCCAAUGCUUUGAUGAAGAUGGAACCGCAGGAGUCAGGUUCUUAUGUAUUGAUCUCCAACUUGUAUGCCGAGAAGGGGGAUUGGGAAAAGGUGGCGAAAAUAAGGAGAGGGAUGAGAGAUAAGGGGGUGAGAAAGGAAGUAGGAUUCAGUUGGGUGGAUGUGGGUGAUGCUAGUGGUUCCUUGUAUUUGCACGGGUUCUCAUCGGAUGAUAAAUCACAUCCACAGUUUGAGGACAUAUACAGGAUGGCAGAAUACAUGGGAUCAGAAAUGAAAUUUUGGAGAGAGACGCAGAAACAGAGAGGAGAGAGUUCGUAACAUUUGAAGUCAAGAGAUAAAAGUACUUUUGUUUUCUUGUGUGACAUUGUUGAAAAGGAGGUCAUAUUUUUUCAUUAGAAAUCCCCACCAAGAGGGUGAUUCAUGGCUUUCUGCUCCACUCUUCUAUUACAGACAAUUUUAUUCCUAAACUACUGUAAAAUGUGGUUAGCAAUCACGUUUUUACGGCAAAGUUUUUUACUUAUUAUUUGAUGCAGUAAACUGCCUUUUUGCA